GUAGAGAGCAACUUAACUUUGAUUUUCUCUCUUUUUAUUUAUAUAUCAUGUUUUAAUCUUUUAAAAGAUGUGUGACUAAUGCAGGAAUACUUUGUCUAUAAUUUUUAGGAAACAUAUUUAGUGAUUUUAAAUGUUUCCUAGCAUGUGCCUUACUUUAUGACCGACCUACCUUCCUUUCUUUCUUUCUUUCUUUCUUUCUUUCUCUUUCUUUCUUUCUUUCUUUCUUUUUCUUGCAAAGCUUGUAAUCACUUGAGUACAAUUUGGGAAGAUGCACAGAUUCUAUAUAAAUCAAUUAAGAGUUUUUUAAAAAGGAUCAGUCAUCUGAAUAGAAAAACCAUUAUGUUUAAUGGAAAAUGGCAGCUUCCAAUUUCAAAAGUACUUAUUGACAUUGAAUUCCAUUUACAUAUCAUAAAAACUUGAACCAUUUUCUCUGAGUAGGAAUGGACAGGCAGAUUUGAGACCUUUUCUCCUAAAGCCCAUAAUGCCCUUACUUCUGCCAACUCAGCAUUGUUAUUUUGGAACAACUUUCUCUUCAUCUUUCAAUGGAGAAAAAUAUGUACUCCUUCAUCUUAUCAGUUAUUCCUAACGCAAGUACACUGGCACAUGAUUUUCAACCUGCUUAGGUCUUACCCUGACCAAAAUAACACUGGACAGGAGUGCUACAUUCCCCACAUUCUAUAUUCAUGGUAGAGAUUGCUAAAGCAUUCUUAGAACUAAUUCUCACCAAUUGUGUGUGUGUGUGUGUGUGUGUGUGUUUGGAAAAAUGAGGACACAGUGCAUCAAAGAAGAAACUUACUCAAGGUCAUAACAGCUAAAAAGCAGGAGAACCAAGAUUCAAAUACGGUUCAACUUUUCUUCCAAAAUCUCUCACUUAAUCAUUGUCUUUUAAUUACUCAUACCAUUGGUGAAAUGUCAUUGCAUUCCUGUGACAUGUUUGACAAUUUAUAACAAUAUAGAUGUUUUUGUAGGAGUAAAGAAGGUGAGCCAGACAGUGGAAAAUAGGAGAUUACAGACAAUGAGAAUGUCAGGAAGCAAGGAAAGGAAGAGUGAAGAAGUUCCUAAAGAUGCUGUGGGUAAAGAAGAUACAUCAUCAUUAACUGAAAUUGUAGAGGAACUUGCAAAACAACAAUCCCAAACAUCAGAAAUAGAAAGAAAUAAAAAAGUUCUGUUUCAUUUACAGGUGCAACAUAAGAGGUAUUAUGCAAUUCUUAAGCGUUUACGUUGUCAGGUGAACAAGCUUCAAUCAAAUAGAAGACAAUGGCAAUGGAACAUUCAACAGCUGGAAAAAACUGCAGCUGAACUAAGAAAAUGUGUUGGAAUGAAAGAGUGACAUUGCCAUCGGGCAAUGUGGAACACAGACCAUGACAACAAAACUUUGGGGACAGAAU